UUCUCCUCCAAGCUGGGAGUGGUGUUGAAUUCCGGGAAAGGGCUGGGCCAGAGAGCCUGGCUAAGGACACCGUGACCUCAGAUGCGCACAGCCUACGCUUCCGGCAGUUCCGCUACCAUGAGGCCGAUGGGCCCCGAGAGGUUUGCAGCCAGCUCCAUGGACUUUGCAGCCAGUGGCUGGAGCCGGAGAGGCACACCAAGAAGCAGAUCGUGGACCUGGUGAUCCUGGAGCAGUUCCUGACUCUCCUGCCCCAGGAAAUGCAGGGCUGGGUCAGAGGAUGUGGGCCGGAGACCAGUUCCCAGGCGGUGGCCCUGGCCGAAGGUUUCCUCCUGAGUCAGGCAGAGGAGAAGAGGCAGGCAGGACAGAUGUGGGCCUCAUCCAGGAAGAAAGAAGCUACGUUCCCUGAGGCGGAAGGAGCUUCCUUGGAGCAAGGGCAGAGGGCGCAGGCUGUGGAGCGUGUCCAAGAUGCCCUCCCUUGUGGAACAGGCAGUGGAGAGAGGCUGUUGAGCCGUCGUCUUUUCAGAGGGGUGGAAACGGCUGCUGCACCUCCAAUCCAGGGUCCCUUUUCCUUUGAGGAGGUGUCCGUCCCUUUCACGGAGGCAGAGUGGGCCCUGCUGGAUCCGGACCAAAGAGCUCUGUACAGGGAAGUCAUGCUGGAGAACUAUGGGAAUUUGGCCUCUCUGGGAUACCUUAUAGAUAAAUGGCAUGGGAUGGAGAAAAGAUUCACUAACAGUGGCACUCUUCAAAAGCAUCAGAGAACUCACACAGGGGAGAAACCUUUUGAAUGCACAGUGUGUGGAAAGAGAUUCAGUCAGAGUGACAGUCUUCAACAGCAUCAGAGAACCCACACAGGGGAGAAACCUUUUGAAUGCUCAGAGUGUGGAAAGAGAUUCAGUCAGAGUGACAGUCUUCAACAGCAUCAGAGAACCCACACAGGGGAGAAACCUUUUGAAUGCUCAGAGUGUGGAAAGAGAUUCAGUCAGAGUGGCCAUCUUCAAAACCACCAAAGAACCCACACAGGGGAGAAACAGAAACGUUUUGAAUGCUCAGAGUGUGGAAAGAGAUUUAAUCACAGUGGCAACCUUCUACUGCAUCAGAGGACCCACACAGGGGAGAAACCUUUUGAAUGCUCAGAGUGUGGAAAGAGAUUCACUAACAGUGGCACUCUUCAAAAGCAUCAGAGAACUCACACAGGGGAGAAACCUUUUGAAUGCUCAGAGUGUGGAAAGAGAUUCACUAACAGUAGCACUCUUCAAAAGCAUCAGAGAACUCACACAGGGGAGAAACCUUUUGAAUGCACAGUGUGUGGAAAGAGAUUCAGUCAGAGUGACAGUCUUCAACAGCAUCAGAGAACCCACACAGCGGAGAAACCUUUUGAAUGCUCAGAGUGUGGAAAGAGAUUCAGUCAGAGUGGCCAUCUUCAAAACCACCAAAGAACCCACACAGGAGAGAAACCUUUUGAAUGCUCACAGUGUGGAAAGAGAUUUAAUCACAGUGGCAACCUUCAACUGCAUCAGAGGACCCACACAGGGGAGAAACCUUUUGAAUGCUCAGAGUGUGGAAAGAGAUUCAGUCAGAGUGGCCAUCUUCAAAAGCAUCAGAGAACUCACACAGGGGAGAAACCUUUUGAAUGCACAGAGUGUGGAAAGAGAUUCACUAAAAGUGACAAUCUUCAACAGCAUCAGAGAACCCACACAGGAGAGAAACCUUUUGAAUGCUCAGAGUGUGGAAAGAGAUUCAGUCAGAGUGGCCAUCUUCAAAACCACCAAAGAACUCACACAGGGGAGAAACCUUUUGAAUGCACAGAGUGUGGAAAGAGAUUCAGUCACAGUUGCACUCUUCAAAAGCAUCAGAGAACUCACACAGGGGAGAAACCUUUUGAAUGCACAGUGUGUGGAAGGACAUUCAGCGACAAGAGCAGUCUUCAACAGCAUCAGAGAACCCACACAGGAGAGAAACCUUUUGAAUGCUCAGAGUGUGGAAAGAGAUUCAGUCAGAGUGGCCAUCUUCAAAACCACCAAAGAACUCACACAGGGGAGAAACCUUUUGAAUGCACAGAGUGUGGAAAGAGAUUCAGUCACAGUUGCACUCUUCAAAAGCAUCAGAGAACUCACACAGGGGAGAAACCUUUUGAAUGCACAGAGUGUGGAGAGAGAUUCAGUCAGAGUGGCAUUCUUCAAAGGCAUCAAAGAACCCACACAGGAGAGAAACCUUUUGAAUGCACAGAGUGUGAAAAGAGAUUCAGUCGGUGUGAACAUCUUCAAGAACAUCAAAGAACUCAUACAGGGGAGAAACCUUUUAAAUGCACAGAUUGUGGAAAGAGAUUCAGUAAAGGUUGCACUCUUCAAAGGCAUCAGAGAACCCACACAGGGGAGAAACCUUUUGAAUGCUCAGUAUGUGGAAAGAGAUUCAGUCACAGUGGCACUCUUCAAAGGCAUCAGAGAACCCACACAGGAGAGAAACCUUUUGAA